CCAGCGGAGUGCUGGGCAAGGGUGGAAGCAUAACUCCCACAGAAUCCUGAGGCCAGGCCUGAAGCCAAGAUGCAUAGAGGCAGAGCAAGGCAGCAAACGCUGUCUAAGAUCUGUGCUGUGAGCAGUUUCUGGCUAAGAUCUAUGCUGUUAGCAGUUUCCAUUCUGGACUGGUGAAGUCAGAAUUCUCACUUGUAGACCAGACAGAUUAAAGAAUACUACAAUAUCCGUUUGAGCUGCACUGGCUGAGCAACACCCAGGUGUGCCUGAAGUUGCAGGAGGGGCCACCGGAACAGACUGUGUAUCCUGGGUUGUUCCCUGCCUGGACGCCACACAACUGCUUGCAGGGUUCCCUCCGCGCGACCACUCCUGUGCUCCCAGCCUCAUCGCUCUACCGCGCACUCGCAGCUCCCUAGCGACACCAGCCAUCAAGCUGGUGGAAAGAGUAGGGGUGUGCAAGUGGGAGGCUUCUCCCUCGGGAACCUGGGAGAUCCCUGCCGCCAGCAGGGGCCGUGGCACCGCCUGCGCGGGGACCCACGCUUCCAUCCAGCGCCUUCCCAACUUCCCAGUGCCUUCAGGCCAAGGCGGUCAGGAUGGAUCUGUCACCCCGCAACCGGCCGCUACUGGACUCGUCGUCGCUGGACAGCGGUUCUCUGACCUCACUGGACUCCAGUGUCUUCUGUAGCGAGGGCGAAGGGGAACCCUUGGCUCUGGGGGACUGCUUUACAGUCAACGUGGGCGGUAGCCGCUUCGUGCUCUCGCAGCAAGCUCUGUCCUGCUUCCCGCACACGCGCCUGGGCAAACUGGCCGUAGUGGUGGCCUCCUACCGCCGCCUGGGUGCCCUGGCUGCCGCCCCCAGCCCCCUGGAGCUUUGCGAUGAUGCGAAUCCGGUGGACAACGAGUACUUCUUUGAUCGCAGCUCUCAGGCGUUCCGUUAUGUCCUGCACUACUAUCGCACUGGUCGCCUGCAUGUCAUGGAGCAGCUCUGUGCGCUCUCCUUUCUUCAGGAGAUCCAGUACUGGGGCAUAGAUGAACUCAGCAUUGACUCCUGCUGCAGGGACAGAUACUUCAGAAGAAAGGAGCUGAGUGAAACUCUUGACUUUAAGAAGGACACAGAUGACCAGGAAAGUCAACAUGAGAGUGAACAGGACUUCUCAAAAGGACCUUGUCCCACUGUCCGACAAAAGCUCUGGGAUAUUCUGGAGAAACCUGGAUCUUCCACAGCAGCCCGGAUCUUUGGAGUAAUCUCCAUCAUUUUUGUGGCAGUGUCCAUCGUCAACAUGGCCCUGAUGUCAGCUGAGCUUAGCUGGCUCAACCUACAGCUGCUGGAGAUCUUGGAGUAUGUGUGCAUCAGCUGGUUCACCGGGGAGUUCGUUCUGCGCUUCCUAUGUGUGAAAGACAGGUGCCACUUCCUGAGGAAGGUUCCAAACAUCAUAGACCUCCUUGCCAUCUUGCCCUUCUAUAUAACUCUUCUGGUGGAAAGCCUGAGCGGCAGCCACACCACACAAGAGCUGGAAAAUGUGGGACGUCUGGUCCAGGUCUUGAGGCUCCUCAGAGCUCUGCGCAUGCUGAAACUGGGAAGGCAUUCUACAGGAUUGCGCUCACUUGGGAUGACAAUCACUCAGUGCUAUGAAGAAGUUGGCCUACUGCUCCUGUUUCUAUCUGUGGGGAUUUCUAUAUUUUCAACAAUAGAAUACUUUGCAGAGCAAAGCAUUCCUGAUACAACCUUCACAAGUGUUCCUUGUGCAUGGUGGUGGGCCACAACAUCCAUGACUACAGUAGGAUAUGGGGACAUUAGACCAGACACCACCACAGGCAAAAUCGUGGCCUUCAUGUGUAUUCUGUCAGGAAUCCUUGUCUUGGCCUUGCCUAUUGCCAUUAUUAAUGAUCGAUUCUCUGCUUGCUACUUCACCUUGAAACUCAAGGAAGCAGCUGUGAGACAGCGUGAAGCUCUCAAGAAACUUACCAAGAAUAUAGCCACUGACUCAUAUAUUAGUGUUAACUUGAGGGAUGUCUAUGCCCGGAGCAUAAUGGAGAUGCUUCGAUUAAAGGGCAGGGAGAGAGCAAGUACUAGAAGCAGUGGUGGAGAUGAUUUCUGGUUUUAAGUUUACCUUCAACUUAUUUACAAAACCUCUGUAUAUUUAGCUGGAUUGAUGAAGCCUUGCUGCUAUGGAUAUCUGUAUAUUGAUGAUGACUUUCUUGAGCACUUCUCAUCUUCUUUCUGGUGUAUUGAUAUCCUAGAAUAUUUAACAUCUCCUAUAGCAACUACUGAUUAUUUUGACACACAUCUUUAACAUAGCCAAUUAAUACAACCAAAAUCAAUUGGGAAAGGAAACACAUAUUUGAAUUUUCAAAUAUCAAUUAAUAUAAUUUCAUACAUCAAAAUUUAAAGAUUCAUGUGUCUUUAUUGUUGGGCUUUCAGUAGCGCUAUAGUUUCUGUUUUUAAUGGAAGUCGAAUUCUACAGUCCAGAGGGGUGGGAGAAUAACUGAACAUUUAAAAACACACUGAAGAAAUUUUUGCCAUUUAAAGAUUUUUCUCCAAAUAAGUUAUUUCUUUCUCUAUCAAGUAAAGCCACUGAGUAUAAAGAUAAGCUUUGCAAUCAAACACUUAAGCUUAGUAGCCGUAGUGAGUACCUCAUCUUCGAUCAAGUACAAGUCACUGGGUCCAACUGGACCGAGCUCUGCCCUCCAUCAGUUCAGUUGCGAGAGGAAGCCUCAAACUGAAGAGUGGAGUAGGUGAGACUUCAAGUGCCUAGGCAGCUUCAUCUUCCCAGCUGAGUGUGAUGUGUGAAGAAGAAUGCAGCAUAGCUCUCUAGGAAAAUUAAAUGAUUUAUAAAACAUCUCAUUAUAGAUGAAUUAUUUAAGCUAUGCUUUCAAAAUCAUGAAUAUGUAAAACUGAAGUAGUAAAGAUCCUAAAUUUAUCCAUCAAAAAGAUUAGAUAGUCUUUUCAUAAGUGGAAAUAUGUUGGAUGACAUCAUUAGAUGAACUUGUAGAUCUUUUUAUUUGUUAAAAACAAUAUUGUGAGAAGCUUUCUGACUGUUGAGGUAAAUAACAAAUGUUUAGAUGUCACCAUCACUUCUUUGGUAUUUAUAGUAAUACUACAAUGCCUAGACAUUGUGAAAUAUAAUUAAACCAAAAAGUUUUAAAGUUAAGAAAAACCCUGGUUCUAAAUAUUAUACAAAGUAAUAUUUUGAAAAGCUUAACAAAGGAUUUCCUUAUUGCCUACUUUCUUGAUAUAUGCAAUAAAGUUCCUUAAAAAAUAAAUAAAAUUGGCUCUGGGAUAGAAAUGUUACUCUCCCUAUUUAUUAAAGCAAAUACACAUGAAAUGCAUAUGCAUACAUGCAGAAUAACUGCAAUAUCAAAACUUCGCUGAGAAUAGAAUUAGGAAAAACACUUAGAUGGUAAUAAGCAUUGAAUAACAGUUUCCUUUUAAUCCUGUAAUGCAAGCCCCAAAUCACAACACAUGGAAAGCUAAACCAGAAGACACAUAAACCUGUAGCCAAUUGGACUGCAUAGCACAUUCUAGGUCAGGUUCAUCUGAAGUGCAAGUUCAAGAACACAUCAAGGAAUGGUAAGACCCUGUCUCAAAAAGUAAAAACAAUAAUCCUUUGUCUUAACAUAUGGCUUUAUAAUUUUUAGUGUUCUGUUUAAUGUGUGCCUAUAUAUUUCACCAACUGUAUUUAAGGCAUCUUACUAUCUUACAAACUACCAAGCAGCAAUAAAGGUGCCAAUCAUUGUUAUGACAUCAUAGAUUCUAAGUACAUUCCUAAUUUAGAUAUGUAAAAUCAUAAUAUUUACCACAGAAACAAGGUAACACCUCCUCUUUUCUUAUAUGCAUGCUUAAAAUCUGAUGAAAUUUCCAUGGCAUGAGUUUUUUUAGUAUAAUUUUUCUACUUUAAUUGUGAAUCAGAAUACAUCAUGCAUUCUGAUUAUGGUUUCACUUCUCUCAACUCCUAUGAGAUCUUUCCCAUAUCCCCUCACAUCAAAAUCCACACCUUUUCUUCCCUCCCUUAGAAAACACAGACAUCUAAAUAAUAAAAAUAAUUAUAAAUAAUAAUAAUAUAAAGUAGGAUUUAGAACAACAGAAAAAGAAGAAAAGAGGGGGAAAGCACGGGAAACACUCAUAGAAAAGGCACACACACUUGCACACAAAGGAAUCCAAUAAAAACACAUAAAUUGAUGCCAUGAUAGAUACACAAAGUACCUGUAAGGCUACAAUAAAUAAAAAUAAAUAAAAAAAUACUUCACAAGAUAUUAUGUGACAAAGAACCUCAAAAGAUGCCUCUAAGUUUGUUUUGUCUUGGCUAUCUACUGCUUAUGAUUGGGUUUUCAUUCCUGGUAGGAGACAAUGAAUGGAGAAAACUGAUUUUUCAUUUAUGAGUUGUUAUAAACUGGAGAUAACUUCCAGGUUAGAGAAAGGGGCUGUGUUAAAUUCUCCUCUUGUCUCUGGGAGUCCAUCUGGUGCAGAACCAGGCAAAACUCUGUGUACACUGCCACAGUUUCUAUGUUUUCAUUUGUGCAUUGAUCUUGUUGUGCUUAGAGGGCUUUGGACCCCCUAUUCCCUCUGAUUCUUACAAUCUCCCUGACUCUUUUUCCACAGGAUUUUGUAAGUCUGGAAGAAAGAGGUAUGAUGGAGACAAUCCAUUUAGGACUGAGUGUAUCAAAGUCUCUUGCACUAUGAACAUUGUCUAGCUGUAUCUUUGUAUUUGUUUCAAUGUACUACAAAAAGGUAUUUCUCUGAUGAUGACUGAACAAGGCACAAAAUUGUGAAUAUAGCAAGAUGUUAUUAGAAAUCAUUUUGUUUUGUUAUAUUCCUUAAGUAGAACAGUUGUCUUCCCCUUAGGUCUCUGGGCUAUUGGUCUCUGGUUAUUUACCCUCAAGUAGUGUUAGGGAUGGGUUCCAUCUCAUGGAGUAGGUCUUAAUUCAAAUCAUAUAUGGUUGGUGUGGUAGUUUGAAUAAAAAUGAACCCCAUAGGUUCAUAGGGAGUGGCACUAUGACCUUCAUAGGAGGUAUGACCUUCCUGAAGUGAGUGUAGCCUUGUCAUAGAAAAUAUGUCACUAGAGAUAGACUUUGGGGUCUCAGGAGCUUAAGCCAAGUCUAAUGACUCACUGUCUCUUCCUGCUACUUGUGGAUCAAUAUGUACAACUCUCAACUACCUCUCCAGUACCAUGACUGCCUGCAUGCCACCAUUUUCUCCUCAUGAUGAUAAUGAACCAAACCUCUGAACUGUAAGUCAGAUCUAAUUAAAUGUUGUACUUUGUAAGUGUUGCCAUGGUUAUGGUGUCUCUUCACAGCAAUAGAAACCCUAAGACAGUUGGUUACUCCCACAAGCUUUGUGCCACUAUUGCACUAGCACUUCUGAAGAUAUUGUAGCUCAGUUGGUGUUUACAUUUCUCCUUUGGGCUGUGCUCAAGUACCUUCCAGUAGCAUACACAUUAGUUCGUAGUUGUGAAGUUACUAGGUAGGCACCAGCUUGAAUCCUCUGUGUUCAAUGAAUUGUGUAGUUGUUGUCAUCAACUAUAAGGCCUUACUCCCAGUUUGUGGAACACAGCCAAAAACCUUGAUAAUAGGCUAGGUUGUUGGAGGAUCCCAUGGGGCCCCUUCAGCCAACAACUAGAUUAGACAUAAUACAUUCUUGGCUUCAUUUGAUAAUGUGAGACUUCCAGUUAGAGCUCCUUCCCUCUCUUCAUUUGCUCUUCCCAAUUCCUGCCCCUCUCAAUCCAUCCACAACUAUUUAUUCUAUUUUCCAUUCUUAGCGAAAUCUACUUCUAUCCCCUAGUCCCUUAAUUUAUACCUAUCUAUUAAUUCAACAAAUAAUUUCUUAAAACACUAUGAUUAUUGGGUACUAGAGAUCACUUGGUAAUCAAAACCAAUCCCAGUUCUCUUCAGUUAAUAUCCUAUCCAGUGAUAUAUGGGAAAGAAAAAUAACAAAUUUGAGAUAUUAGGAGACCAAAACUCACCUAAAUCCAUACAGUCGUUAGAUGGCAAAGUCGGGAAAUAGUAAUCUAUCCAACUAUGAAAAAAAUAUCCUAAGAUCACGUUGCUAGGUUUCCCUAUGCACUCACUAUGCCUUAAGAGAAACAUUCACAGACAUGGGUUUUUUUUCUCAAGAACAGUUAUGGGAGAACUUGCACCUUUUAUAGCACAAAUAUAGGUUUUCCUUAGAAAAAUCAAUACUUGAGAUUUUUCUAUAAAAAAUAUGUGUAUGUGCAUACAUUCAUGUACUUCCAUGAUGAUGGACCAUCCUAAAAUAUUUUCUACAAGUAUGGCUUGUUAACUAUAUAAAUUUUGUCAAGAUCUAGACAUUUGCAAAAACAUUUAAAAGUCUUUUAAUAACAAGUUUACCUAAGAAAUUGUAUUUUAAAGAUUUUGCUAUUUUUAAUAACCAGCAACAUGACUGAGCAGAUAAAGACAUCUGCUGCCAAGACCAAUGAUUGAAUUGAAAACUCUAGUACCCUGGUUAUGCGAAGAAAGAACUGACUCACAAAGUUUGUAUUCUUACAUCCAUGUACUUUCCUAUUUGUUUCCCCAACACAAACACACACACUAAAUAAAAUAUAACAAACAUUUUUAAUGCACUCUGUAAAAUGUUUUAAUAUUUUUAAAAGCAAAUAUACUCCCUACUAGGAGUCACAUCACAAUUCCAUUUUGCUGUUUCUCUCAUAUAUCUACAUAUAAAUAUUCAAGACAUGACCCAUUGAUCAAUUAAAUGAUUAAUAGUAAUAAGUAGUAUGAAGAAUGCACAAUGGAGUUCAAUGAGAUCGAAAUCUUUGUUAUGAAAAAGUGUUACUUUUAUUAUAAUCCUUUAACUAGCUCUUAUAGAAAAUAUGUAUGCUAACCCAAGCUGUCUAAACAAAACACUAUCUUUGGAUACAUUUGUUUCACUAACAUGAAAAUUUUAUUCUGCUGAAAUUUUCAGGCAUCAAUUUUUAUCUUAUCCGUCCUUCAAUUUUAGUCCAAGAAUGGAUUGAAAACCAGUGUUCCAAUGCCUUUUUCAAUGACAUCUCUUUACAAAGAACCUCCAAUAACCUCUAUAAGUCAUAAUGAUAUAUAUAAGAAAAACAUAUAAGGAGAACAUUAUCAAUAAGCCCUAUACGCAGUUGUUUAAUGGAAUAAUUUAAAAGUCAUAGAAUAACCUGGAUGCUGACAAUUUCCCCGAGUUUGCCUAUAUUAUAGUCAGUUCUUUAUUCUCUCCCUUGCCUCCACUGACCUGCUUUCUGACAUUCCAUCAGGGCUGACCUAUCCCAACUCAAUCCAAUCCAAAGCCAAGUUUUAUCAUCCCCUGUAAGUCACAGCUGCUGCCUAUUCCUCUUUACAUUCAUUUCAGCAACUCCAUUUGGAUUCUUGGGUUUCUGGGCAAUCAAACUGUACCUCCUGUGCCCAUUCACAUUGAAAAUAAGUGGAACCUGCAAACGCCUCCCUUUGAUUCUUAUUUCACUGAUAAAAUUGAAUCAUCGAGGAGACAUUCUACAAGAACCAGCACCCACACUUUGUCACCCACCUCCAUCUGUUCUUUUAAUUUCUGCCUUUCUAUUACAAGAGUCAAUCUGCCCAUCUCACUUUUCUCCCCAGUUCUAGGGAUUUCCUCAGGAACUCUUUCCCUCUUUCCCACAAGAUCAUUACUUCUCCUUUCUCCCAUGGAAAUCUUAUUAGCAUAAAAUGUGUUUUAGUGUUCCCAUUUUUAAACAGCAAAAGAAAAAAAUUUGAGCAAAUAACCUCUCUGGAUCUUUCAUGAUCUAAAAUGCAUCUAAUUUUCUGCUCUCUUUUAUGAAAAAACUCCUUGGCAUAAGUUUCUAAAUCCAGUCUUUUCAUUUACAUAGUGUUUCUUUUCCUUUCUCAAAAAUCCACUCAUUAGUCUCUUGCUAGUCCAUCGUCUGUAGAAGCAGUGUUCCUAUGACCAGUAAUGAUCCUAUCACUGAAAGUUUCAGUCAUCAGUGUUCAGGUUCCAUAUUGCUCCAGCAGCAGCACUUCACAGGUUAAUUAUAGACACUUCCUUGAAACACUUCUUCCACUUGACUCAUAUCCCUGCACAGCUACCUAAUUUUACUCUUCCUUACUAUCACCAUCUCUUCUUGCUAAGAUGGUCCAUUAUACCUAAAUCCUAUUUAUUUAUAUUUUUCAUUUGAUAAAAUAAUCUGGUUUGUGACCUAAAUAUCACUGAUACUUAGUCAACUCUUACAUUUUGAUGCUAAACCAGCAUGAUGCUGAUUUAAUGGGUAAUUUUAGUAACCCAAUGUUUCAAAACACCUUUCAUGUUUGCCUAUCAACUUUUAUAAGGCCACAGAGUAAAAUAAAUAUAUCUAGCUUUGAAGAAUACAAUGCAACUAAAUCUGAAGAAAUGGUCAGUAUUAACCUUACAAUUCCUUUUCAUUUUCCACAGUUCAGAAGGUACUCCGAAUUAUGUGAAAUUUUAUUCCACCUUUUAAAAAGGCUUAUAAUCUAAGAGGCUUACUAGGAAAAAGAAAAUAAUGAGAAUGUGUGUGUGUAUUCUAUUGCAAAAAUAUAUCAAAAGAAGUUAUAAUUGAAUUAAACAAGAUUUGACAGAUGAGUAAAGAAACGUAUAUAAGUAAAAAACUAAAUGAUAAGUGAAAGCUCACUAACAAAUGUGAUUUUGGAAUUCAAGGCAGAAACAUGUUUCUUGGUAUUCAUCAUUAAUCACUUCAGCAUCCAAACAGGAGGUUUACUUUUAAUUUCAGUUAUAUUAUUAAGAAAACCAAAUCUUGAAAAAGUAAUUUCAGUUUCACUAAACUAGGGCAAUAUUUCUGAAACCCCAUCGUUACUCCUUUCUUUACUGAACAGCAAAUGUUUUCUAACGGGUCUAUAAUUAUCAUUGUCAACUCAUUCUAAAUAGUACAUGUGAAAAUAAAAGACAGAGUUGCUAUGGAAACUGUAUAGAAAAUUCAUUUCAGCAGGCCUAACUUCUAAAGUUAAAAAGAAAGAAGAGAUUUACAGACAACAGGACUACCUUGACCACAGCCAUUAAAAGGAAAGCAAAGGGGCAAAUGAUGUGCAAGUGAAAACCUUCUUAUACCACAAGCAGAACUCACAGAUUCUUGAUUCACAUGAGCUUUAGUAUUUAGCAAUUUGUUAAGCAUUUUUUCUUCAAAUGACAACCAAUGAAAAUGUUUCUUUAAAAAACCUCAUGCAUAACAAUGUAAUUUAUUUUUUAAUAUUUUAAGGUCAUAAUUGACAUACAGUAAUGGUAUAUUAUAUCUUCAUUAGAGGAAAGGUAAUCAUGUAUACAGUUAACAAUGAUCAAACCCUUAAUCAUAGCACCCUGGGGAGAGGGGGAACAGAGGUCGGUAUAUCUCUGUGAAUUUCAAGUCAGCCUGAUCUACAAAGUGAGUUCUAGGAUAGCCAGAGCUAUAGAGAGGAGCCCUGCCUCAAAAGAAAAAAAUAAUUUUUUUAUAUUUCUAAUUAUGAAAUAGCAAAUUUUAUUAUAAUUAUAUAAAUGUUAACAAAAAUUUUGAAACUAGAUUUUUUUCAUACAAUAUAUUCUUGCUACAGUUUCUCCUCCCUCGGCUUAUUCCAGUUCCUCUCUGCUCCUCUACUUAUUUUGGUUCCUUUCCCUUCCCCAUCCCCUCCAGAUCUACACCUUGCUAGUCUCUCAUUAAAAAAGAAACAGUCCGCUAGGGAGUAAUAAAAAAUUAAAAUAAGAUAAAUAAGCUCAGAUAAAUCUGAUGAAAUAACCAGACAAGAAGAACCCAAAAAGAAAAGGCACAAGAAACACAUAUAGACGCAGAGUCACAUAUGUUCACCUGCACACUCAGAAAUCCCACAAAAGCUCACAACCAGAAACCAUAGGUAAGGUAGAAAACAAAAUCAACAACAAAUAACAACAGCAAACAUACUCUCAUUUAACAUAAUGAGAUAAAGAACCUCCAAAGAUACUACUGAAUUUAUUUCCUAUUGCAUACCUACUGCUAAGGAUGAAUCCUACCAUUAAGAUUGGUUCAUUCUCAUCACCCCCCCCCCAUAAGACUUCGUUGGAGAAAAAUAAUUUUUUAUUUAUGAAUGGCCAUGAAUUGGUUAUCCAUUAUGUGUUAAGGAUUGGGAACAAAUAUCCACUUUCUUUCUUAGACUUCAUCUGGUGCAGAACAGUGAAAUCUCUGUAAAACCUGACAUAAUCUCUGUAAGUUAAUAUGUGCACCAGCCCUGUUGUAUCUAUAAGGCCAUAGUUUCUUGGUGUCUUCCAUCACCCUGAUUGUUAUAUACUUUUUUCCCUUCUUCCUCGGAGUUCCUUGAUCCCUGAGGAGAAGGAUUUGAUGGAGACAUCCUAUUUAGGGCUAAGUGUUCCAAGGUCUUUCAAUCUUUUCAUAUUGCCUAAUUUUGGUUUAUGUUAUCAUCUGCAGCUGGAGAAAGCUUCUCUGAUGAUGACUGAGCAACACACUGAUCUACAAAUAUAGCAGAAUGCUAUUAAGAGUCAUUGUAUUGCUAUGUACCUUCAGCAGAGGAGCAGUAUAUGGUGUCCCCCUAGAUCACUAUUUGCUCUCAGGUUCUUGGCAGCAUUGGGUAUGUGCUUCAUCUUAUGAAGUGGGCCUUAACUCAAAUUGGUUGCUUAUUCUCAUAUCAUUGUGCCACUAUUACAAUAGUAUAUCUUCCAGGCAGGUCAGUAAUGUAGAUCAAAGACUUUUUGUCUUUGGUGUUCACCUCUCUCUUUUGGUAGUCUACAAAAUACCUUACCAUGAAUACUAGUCCACAGUGGUGAAAACUCUCCAUGUUCGAUGAAUUCUUCAAGUGUUGCCUUAAGUAAUAGGACCUUACUGCUUGUGGAGAGCUAACAAUAGUACUGGCAACGAACUGGAUUGUUUGUGAGUUCCCAUGGAAUGCCUUUGACUAACAAUUUGAUUUAGAGGUAACACAUUCCCAGUACUAGAAGUUUCAUUUGUUGAUGAGAGAGAUGUUCAGUUGAGGCUUAAUCUACAGUUUCUUUUUGGCAAUUUCUUUUAGAAUACCUUCAUAUAUUAAUAUGGAUAUAAUAAAUAUACUAUAGAAAAUACACUAAAAUUAUUUAUGUAUAUUAAGAAACUUAUACUGUAUUAGAUUUCUGCACAGCUCCUCAAAUGGACCUGGAUUUUAGCUGUCCUUCCCCAUAUUUCUUCUUCUGUUCCCCUUGUGCUUCCCCUCCUCUGUUUAAUCAAUCAGAUCAAGUCAGAUCAAUCUCUUCUCCUAAUUCUCUUACUUUCUACCUAACCUCUGUGUUUCCAUUGAUAAUAUCUUGCUUAUCAUUGACUAAACAGUCUACAUCAAAAAUAUGAGCAAAUGCAUACCAUAUUUGUCCUUCUGGGUCUGAGUUGCUUCACUCAAGAUGAAUUAUCUAGCUCCAUCCAUUUAAUACAUCCUAAAAAUUCCAGGUCUCUGAUUUUUUUUAACAGAUAAGUAAUAUUUCAUUGUAUAAAUUACCAUGUUUUCUUUAUCCAUUCAUACACUGACAGACAUCUAGGUUGGUUCCAAUUACUGGCAAUUACUAUACCUGGCACAAACCUUAAGUCCAAGUGGAUCAAGAACCUCAACAUAAAACUAAAUACACUCAAUCUAAUAGAGGAGAAAGUGGGAAAGAGCCUUGAACUCAUUGACACAGGGGGAAAUUCCUAAACAGAACUCCAAUGGCUUAUGCUCUAAGAUCAAGAAUUGAUAAAUGGGAGCUCAUGAAACUGGAAAGCUUUUGUGUAAGGCAAAGGACAUCGUUAAUAAGACAAAUCAGCAACCUACAGAUUGGGGAAAUUUUUCACGAACCCCACAUCCAAUAUAGGGCUAAGAUGAAAAAUAUAUAAAGAAUUCAACUCAAGAAGCUAAUCACACACACACAAACAAAAAAUAAAAAAAUAAAAAAGUCAGGAAUAGAACUAAACUGAGAAUUCACAACAGGAAUCUUGAAUGGCUGAGAAGCACCUAAAAAAAUGUUAAAAAUCCUUAGUGAUCAGAGAAAUGCAAAUCAAAGGACCCUGAGAUUCCACCUUACACCAAUCAGAAUGACUAAGAUCAAAGCCUCAGGUGACAACACAUGUUGGCAAGGAUGUAGAAAAAGAGAAACACUCCUCCAUUGCUGGUGGGAUUGCAAAAUGUUACAACCACCCUGGAAAUCAAACUGAAGGCUCCUCAAAAAUUGGAAAUAGAUCUACCUGAAGACCCAGUAAUACCACUCAUGGGAAUAUACCCAAAAAGAUGUCCCACCUUUCCACAGGGGUAUGUGUACCACGAUGUUCAUAGCAGCCUUGUUUGUGAUAACUAGAAGCUAGAAACAAGCCAAAUGUCCCAGGACAGAAGAGUGGAUACAGAAAAUGUGGUUUAUUUACACAAUGGAAUACUACUCAGCUAUUAAGAAGGAGGACUUCCUGAGUUUUGCAGCCAAAUGGUUGGAACUAGAAAAUAUCAUCCUAAGUUAGGUAACUCAGGCCCAAAAGGACACACAUGGUAUAUACUCACUAAGUAUAUAUUGGGGGGUGGGGGGAGUACAGAAUACCCAAGAUACAGUCCACAGAACUUAAAAAGUUCAACAAGCUGAAGGGUCCAAGUGAGUAUGCCUCAGUCCCACUUGGAAAGGAGAAGAAAGCAAUCACAAGGCGGGAGGGACCUGAGUGGGAAAGGGGACAGGGGCCGGGGUUUAGGGAAGAGGCGGACAUGAUCUGGUAUUGGGUGGGGGAAAAGGACUGAAGCCCUGAGGGCCAGCAGAAAGAAUGGAAACAGUCAACCUCAGGAGGUCGGAUGUUGAGGGGGAUCCUCCAUAAUGUACCAGAGACCUGGGAAGUGAGAGACUCUCAAUUAUGAAUAGAAUAGCAAUGAAAAUGGUUGAAUGAGUGUAUCUGUUGUAUAGCUGGACCUUGAAACAGUACUAUGAAAUCCUUUUGAUGAAAUGUCACAAUGAUUUCCAUAGUAUCUGUAUAAGUUUGCACUCCUACCAUAACUGUAUGAGUGUUCCUUUUACUCUACAUCCUGGAUGCUUUCUUUCCAUCAUUGAUCUCGACUGAUUGGUUUUAUUUGCAUUUCUAUGAUGGCUAAGGAUAUUGAACAUUUAAGUGUUUCUCGGUCAUUUGAGUUUCUUCUUUUGAGGAUUCUCUGUUUAACUCUGUAACCCAUAUUUAAUUGGUUAGUCACACACAGAAAGAUAAAUAUUAAAUGUUCUGUCUCACAUCUAGAUGUUAGAGAAAGUUGAUGGAAGUCUAGAAAGUGGUUACUAGACCAUUAUUAAGAGGGUGGAGUGGAUUGAUUGGAGGCUGAGAAAAGGUACCAAAGCACAGAGGUUGAAACAAUAAAUUCUAGGGUUCUACAGCAUAUUGUGACAACUAUAGUUCACAUGGAUCUAUUAUACAUGUUGUAAAUAACAAAGUGUAAGGAAACGAAAGCGUCAUCAUGCAAAGCAAGGACAUAAGAAUGGCAUGUUUAUUACUGUGGUUUGAUCAGCAUUGAGUCGAUUCCUGUAUUGAAAUACACUGUGCCCCCAUAAACAUAUAUAAUAUAUACUACUCAAACUUCUUUUAAUAAUUGAAGACAUGGAAAUAUUAACUACUCUAGUUUGAGCAUUAAACAGUGGUUUCAUCUAUAAUUAAAUGAUAAUUAAAUAAACACUUACAUGUGUCAAGAGUACAGCACUUGUUUAGUACAACAAGACCCUCUCUAUUCAGUCUUCAGGAAUACACAAGUAAAAAGUCAAGCCUGGUUAAUGCCUGUAUAAUCCCAGUAUUCAGAAGGUCUGAGAUCAAAGACAGAAUAGUCUACAUAUGAUUUGUUUUCAAGGCUCUGUCUCAAAACAACAAUGAUGAUUGACAUCAAUAAAAAAAGCUUUUACAAAUGUAAGGAAAUCAAAGAAACCAAUUUGUUUAAUCCCAAAACUUCAGUGCACAAAUAAGAUCCUACUUUCCUUACACCAUCCAUCAUAUUGUACUAUAAAUAUAUCUUCAGAGAGCUUUCAACAGCUAUAUAUGCAAAUCUAAUUAGUGAAAUCAUCUUUCACGUAGUGCUGACACAUUUUUUAGAACAAUCUUGUAAAACACAGAGGAAGACACAAUCACUUAAUUGUGUAUGACACUUUCACAAGGACUUUCAAACAUGCAAAGAUAAGCUAAUUAACUGGUGCUAUGGAAGCAGGUUAAUUUAUAGCAUAGAGAAAAGUAUUGCGGCGUAAUUUGUCCAAUCCAUAACAGAACUGGCAAGGAUGGUAUAAUAAUAGGGUUUUUUUCAUGCUGUCCUUCCAAAUUUAAAGGAAAGAAAAUCAAAUAAUUUUAUAUGAACUAAAAUAAUCACAUAUAUUCAAGAUAGAAUCACCUAAGUAUUUUUAAAUAAAAAUUAUUAUAAAACUUAAAAUAAAUUCUAGAUUUAGUUUUUAACCUAUACAAUAAAGUCAUUUUUUCUGAAUUCUCUGAGGUCUCUUUUAUCAAUGGUCACAUAAACCUUAAUCCAGUAUUUGAAGACAAUAUAAAUCAUUUUAGAUAUAGAAGACAUUGGUUUUUUAGCUGCAGAAUAUGUCACUAGUGAGUCUUAAAUUUAAUGACUUAUGACCAUUACUACUUUUAAUAAAGUUGAUGGAAGAAAAUAUAAUGGGUAAAGUAGACUAGGAUGGGAUGAGAUAGAUGUGAAUGCGCUCUACUGGGGUGGGGCAGGCAUAAAGGAGCUGAGAUUGGAAGACAUGCUACAAGUCCUGAACAAGUGCUGAAAACUGCACUGCAGAGGGCUGUGGAAACAAUGAGACAAGGACCUACAGGGUGUGUGCUAAAAUCACAUAUUAGAUAAAAGACAAUCUCAGCUUUAUUUCUUGGUUCCAUGGUACAGGAUUCCAUUCAUCAUGGGAAGAUUUCAUCACUGGGCUUCAGGUGAACAUAGCUUACUGCUUUUUGUGAGCUUGUGCAAGUAAAUUGUACCUUCUAUUAGUAAAGUAGAUGAGCAUUAUAAGAAAACUAGUUUUACAAACUUUGUGUGCUGUUUUGAGAUUAUAAUUGUACUGUGACCAUAUUUUUCAUCCCUGGUAAUAUUAUAAUUAAAACUAACUACUCAUGGCA